CAACACACAUAGGUAGCAUUGCGUUACUUGUCAGACUCAACUAUGCUUUCAAUCUAGGUAGAAUUAAGUUUUUGUAUACAUCCAAAAAUCCAUAAAAAAAUUCUAGUAAAGUAGAAUGGCUUUUAUACCGGUUCGAUUUCAAAUUGCAGUGAUGUUGUUUUGGCAUUGUUUUGUCAUAUACAUGGUCAGGGUAAACUUAUCUGUGAAUAUACUAGCGAUGAGCGUCGACACAAUUCAAAAAUCUUCUGGAAAUAAAACAGAUUCUAUAGAAAAAAGGGUGUAUCACUCCCAUUAUGUGUGGACACCCCAAGAAGAAAGUACCCUUCUAGGAGCCUACUAUUACGGUUAUGUGGCGACAUCAUUAUUCGGAGGAGUAAUUUGUGAGAGGCUUGGUGCGAGAAUAGUUAGUGGUGUAUGUCUAGCUAUCAACUCAGUGUUAACCUUCUUGACCCCGGUGGCAACAGGAGUUCACUUUGCUUUUCUGUUCACCAUACGUUUUAUGAACGGAAUGUUUGCGGGAAUAGCAUUUCCAGGAAAUCAGUUUCUAAUUGCGAAGUGGUCGCCCCCAAACGAAAGAGCAAUAUUCACUGCAACAAUUAUAGGAAGCAGUAUCGGAACGCUUCUUACAUGGGUUAUGAGUAGUCUACUUUCGGAAGCCUAUGGAUGGGACUGGGCGUUUUAUGGAGCUGGCUUUGUCUCCACUAUUGUAAUGGUAUUCUGGUUUAUAAUUGUUUUCGAUGAGCCUGCAGACCACUGGUACAUCCGGGAGGAGGAGCGUGAAUAUAUUCAGGAAUCAAUGAAAGGAUUAAUAAUGCGCAAAAGGGUAUGGCCGCCUUUCAAGCAAGUUGCAUCCUCCGUACCAUUCUACGCUGCUAUUGUGCUGCAUUAUGGUCAUAUGUGGAAUCUGUAUUUCCAGUUGACUUCUUCACCAAAGUUCUUUAGGGAGGUGCUGCAUUUUCGAUUAUCAACAGCUGCAUUUUACGCCGGUUUACCAUAUUUAGUGCGAUCAAUUACGGUUUUUGGGUUUGCCGCGGCUGCAGAUUUUAUACGACGAAAUAACUUGUUGGAAAUAACGUUCACAAGAAAGUUUUUUUGCGUUUUCUCGCACAUCCUGCCAGCGUUUACACUCCUUAUUAUGGCGGCUUUUUGUUCCAACGCGUAUAUUUGUCUGGGCCUAACCACUGUCUGCAUGGGGUUCAAUGCAGCCGCUGUUGCCACGAAUUUAAUAAACGUGCAGGAUUUAGCGCCGAAUUUCGCAGCCACAUUGUACGGUAUAAUGAAUUUCUUCGCAAAUACGGCAGGAUUUCUAGCACCAAUCAUGGUGGCAGCUAUAACUGCGACGAAAAACACUUUGGUCGAAUGGAGGUUAAUAUUCGUCAUCAAUGCAUUUUUUUACCUGAUCCCUGGUUUCUUAUUUAUUAUUUUCGGCUCUGGCGAACUGCAGCCUUGGAAUAAUUUACAGAAACCUGCUGCCUAUGAUUAGCUAUAAGGACAUAUCAUAGAUUGUAAACUUAUUUAUGUAGUUAUAAGAAAAACAAGAAUAAGUACCAAUAAUUACCAAGCACUUAUCAUGGACUCAAAUAAGAAACCAAAGUAAACGCGUCCAAGUUAAUAAAUCGAACGUAAUAGAAA